GGCCCUGAGAUUCAUAAGCCCAAGACCCCGGUGUCGCCUCUGGCGGAAGAAAUAUAUCUUCAUUUGGAAAUCACGGUUAAUUGGUUGGUUGGCAGUGAACAAGCCUAGUGUGUGUUGUAGUUUAUGUAUCGGAAAAGUACGCUUCAAGCGGUCUGGCCAAUGCUCCGCAUAUCUUGCGUACGCAAGGUAUGGUUGUGUACGGGAUGUGUGCUGAUGAAACGAACGAAACGCCUGGCUCGAUUUCUUGAACGAACCCCGAAUCGCGCGUCUUUUCUGUCUGCCUUAUCUAUUCUCAAGACUUUUUCCCAAUGAGUUGGUUGAUCGUAGUGCUCAGGUCAGGUGAAUAAUGUGGAGAUUUUGGUGAAAACUCGAGGUGCCCAAGGAAUUAUCUCAGGUGCAUCAUAGUUCUAUAUGUUUUAUUAAAAUAUGAACUUCAUACGUACCACAUCUGCCCGCUCAAGGGUUUGUCAGCCAUGGCUCCACAACUGGCUCCCCCUAGUGUCAUGUCUCCUUGUUUUGUUAGCAGUGUCAGUUAGCUGUGAUACCUCGGGUGGUCACAAUCACGGGCACGAUCAUGGGCAUGAACACGCCCAUGCACCACAAGGUGGACACGAGCACGGCCAUGCUCAUCAUCAUCAGCAACAGAAUCCUCACCACCACCCACAACCCCAAGGUCAUGGUGGAUACAGGCGGCCCCGGCCGCACCAUCCUCCCCGUCAUUAUCGAAGGAGGCCCAGUGCUAAAAAGCGCCUGAUAGACAGGCUCUUGGACUUUCCCAAGGGAGUCCUGAUCGGAAUCCGCCGCAUCAAGGGUGCCUUUAUUGCCUUGAAAGGCGGAUGGGUUCACGGCCAGGCUUACUACGCCAAUAGCCCCAAACUGAGGUCGGUGGGGGACCGCAUCAUUAAAUUUGCCAAGUUGGUGGCGGGUCCCGGUCCAUAUGGACCCAAAGCACCAUUUAAGCGGCGAUAAAGGGACCGUGGAUGGCCGCAACCAGAACGGCCGGUAUCGAUGGAAACCAUGUUCUCCAUUGAAUUUAGUUCAAUUGCAAAGAUGAUUCUUGUUUUCAUGUGAAAUCAAUCAAAAAACCACCUCGACAUGUUCCUUCUGCUCAUCUAUGGUGACUGUUGUUUAUAAAUAUUUAUACCAUAAGA